AUGGCGCAAAAUGUUUUCGGAGUUGUUGUCGGUGGAAGAAUGUUGCAAACCGAUUUCGUGCAGGCGGGCGAACGAGAGUUUAUGAUUGAAAUCCCAGAUGCGGACUCGAUCAAUCACGUUGUGAUAUUUCUGACAGGAGUUCAACCAUUUCCCGACGGCACAGCAGGCGCAGUGUAUAUGAGAUGGCCAUUACCAAGUGGGAACGAAUCAAAUUGGCAUUUCUUGGGCUACAUUUCAAACGAAAAGCCCAGUUCAAUUUUUAAAGUUGCUAAGUUACAUCGAGCCGAUGCUCAACACACAGGAAUAUUUGGAAGCAGUUUUUCUGCGUCCGCUCAUGGAACAGCUCAACUUGGGAUACAGUUGGAUGUGCUGUCGGAAAUCCAAUCUCGAGUACCAGAUGGGGUUACAGAACCAACCACUCAGUCGACACUUGCCGAAUUUGCAAACAAGAUGCUACAAAAUUUGGUCAAUCAUGCACAGUCAUUCACGGUGAGAUUGCCGAGGCCUGAUGGAUUAGGAACGAACGAAUACAUUCCACUGAAUGCACUUCAAGAUUGGUUUAACACCUUCUCCAGACGGUUUCAACAAAAUCCCUACUUCUGGAAAGGACUAAACAACGGA